AUGGACAGCUCAGUUCCUUUGUUUUUGGAGAUCACGAGCACAGACGAUGUUGGUGUGGCGCAGAGCUUUUUGGAGAUGGCCGGCGGCGACCUGGACACUGCGGUGAGUCUGUAUUUCGAGCACGGGACGGGCGUCGGGCCAAGCAGGCCUGGCGACGACGCCGAGGUGGCGGGCAGACUGCAGCAGGAGAUGUACGCAGAGCCCGACAGCGCGGACGAGGGCGUGAGGCGACCGCUCGAGCCGGUGCGCGACCAGCUUGUGGCGGACUACGCCAGGGUGGAUCCGCACAGGGGCAUGUUUGGGCGGACGCAGGUGGGCAUUUUCAACCAAUUGGACGACGACGACGCCGUGGACGGUGUGGAAGUCGUGGAUCUAGACGACGACGACGAUGACGACGACGAGUUCCAGAUGCUGGACGACGACGACCCGGUCCGUCAGCAGAACAACCGACGCGCUCGCCGACGCAGAGAGUUCCGCACAAGCACACAGAGACGGCUCGCCAACAUAUUCCGGCCCCCCUGGGACAUCGUUCAGAAGCUAGACCUGGACGGCGCGAAGGUGGUGGCGCGACAGGAGAAAAAAUGGAUCCUGGUCAACAUCCAGGACAUGACCGACUUCCGGUGCCAGUGUCUCAACAGAGACUUCUGGUCGAACACAGAGAUCAAAGAUAUAGUGCGGGAGAACUUCAUCUUCCUGCAGUACCACCACGACUCGCCGAACGGCGAGUACUACAUCAACAUGUAUCCGUUUUCGGAGUAUCCGCACAUCGCGAUCCUGGACCCGAUGACGGGCGAGCGGCUCAAGAUGUGGAGCGGCGUGCCCGAUGUGCGCGUGUGGGUGGAGCAGGUGGUGGACUUCAUGGACCGGUUCUCGCUGGACAAGAACAAAAAGAACCCGAUAGUGCAGCAUAGCGUGCGGCCGGACGUGAACAGUCUGAGCGAGGAGCAGCAGAUCAAGAUGGCCGUGGAGCACUCGCUGAACCCUGGCGCGGCGCAGCAACAGGACAGUGUGGACAUCGUGGAUCUGGGCGACGGCGAGGGCACGAAAGAGCGGCCAUUGGAGCUGGACAGCGACGGGCCCGUGAUCGACGCCGUGGACGUGCCGGACCCACAGGGCACCGACGUGACGCGGAUCCAGAUCCGGUCCGGCGACGGGCGCCGCGUGGUGAAGAAGUUUGCGCUGCAGGACCCCGUGCUGCGCGUGUUCCAGUUUGUCAAGUACUACUUUGGCAUCGGCAACAGACCGUUCCAGCUGACGAUGCAGCGCGAGAACCUGAUCGACAAGCUCGGCCAGACCGUCCAGGAGUGCGGUCUGCGCAACGCGUCGCUGCUACUGGAGGUGGAGGAGUGA